CUGGGGACGGCGGACUAGUCUUCGCCCCAUCCGAGCGCUCUUUCUCUCGCCGCGCAGUCUCCAAGCGGCGCGGGCUCUUGGGGGAGCGCCAGGCAGCCGAGGUGCCCGCGGGAGGCAGGCGGGUCCCGGGCGCGCACGCUCGGCCGAGCCCCGGCGCGCCCCGCGCCCGCGCCUGCUGACAGCUGCAGCUGGGCUCGAGCUGUCCGCUCUCGGCUCCGCGGCCUCCGCCCCCUCGGGUUCCCUCCCCUCUGCCCCUACCCCUCCAGCCCCGGUGCGGCUAGUUUCGCAACUGCUUUCGCCCCGUGCCCGGCUGUUUUCCGUUUCCCGACCCCCUCUUCUUGAGUACUUUGCCCCCAGCAUUUGGGGAGAGGGGCUGGAAAGGGGGCGGGUGGAGCGUCCAGAGGAGAAGGAAGCGAGGGCCGGAGGAGGAGGAAGAGAAUCUGCGGACCGUGGGGAGGAGACCCCACGCCACCCUUUCUGGUCAUCUUCCCUCCCGCCCCGCCCCUGCGCACACUCCCUCCCGGGUGAGCUACUUUCGGACGAGGAAAGUGAGGGCGGCCCUGGGUGACAGCGCCGCGGGGCCAGUCCUGGGGAAGCCGCGCGUCUGUUCGAGUCUUGUCCGCCGCGCUCCCAGCCAGGGGCAUAGCCCGGACCGAGGAUGGCUUCGACUACAACCUGCACCAGGUUCACGGACGAGUAUCAGCUUUUCGAGGAGCUCGGAAAGGGGGCUUUCUCAGUGGUGAGAAGAUGUAUGAAAAUCCCUACUGGACAAGAAUAUGCUGCCAAAAUUAUCAACACCAAAAAGCUUUCUGCUAGGGAUCACCUGCUAGGUGUGGAUAAACAAAGAUACAAAGAUCAUCAGAAACUGGAAAGAGAAGCUAGAAUUUGCCGUCUUUUGAAGCACCCCAAUAUUGUGCGACUUCAUGACAGCAUAUCAGAAGAGGGCUUCCAUUAUUUGGUGUUUGAUUUAGUUACUGGAGGUGAACUGUUUGAAGACAUAGUGGCGAGAGAAUAUUACAGUGAAGCUGAUGCCAGUCAUUGUAUACAGCAGAUUCUAGAAAGUGUAAAUCAUUGUCACCUAAAUGGCAUAGUUCACAGGGACCUGAAGCCUGAGAAUUUGCUUUUAGCUAGCAAAUCCAAGGGAGCAGCUGUGAAACUGGCAGACUUUGGCUUAGCCAUAGAAGUUCAAGGAGACCAGCAGGCGUGGUUUGGUUUUGCUGGCACACCCGGAUAUCUUUCUCCAGAAGUUUUACGUAAAGAUCCUUAUGGAAAACCAGUGGAUAUGUGGGCAUGCGGUGUCAUUCUCUAUAUCCUUCUGGUGGGAUAUCCACCCUUCUGGGAUGAAGACCAACACAGACUCUAUCAGCAGAUCAAGGCUGGAGCUUAUGAUUUUCCAUCACCAGAGUGGGACACAGUGACUCCUGAAGCCAAAGACCUAAUCAAUAAAAUGCUUACUAUCAAUCCUGCCAAGCGUAUCACAGCCUCAGAGGCACUGAAACACCCAUGGAUCUGUCAACGUUCUACUGUUGCUUCCAUGAUGCACAGACAGGAGACGGUAGACUGCCUGAAGAAAUUUAAUGCUAGAAGAAAACUAAAGGGCGCCAUCUUGACAACUAUGCUGGCUACGAGGAAUUUUUCAGCAGCCAAGAGUUUGUUGAAGAAACCAGAUGGAGUAAAGGAGCCCCAAACUACUGUUAUCCACAACCCUGAUGGAAACAAGGAGUCAACUGAGAGUUCAAAUACAACAAUUGAGGAUGAAGAUGUGAAAGCACGAAAGCAAGAAAUUAUCAAAGUCACUGAACAACUGAUUGAAGCUAUCAACAAUGGGGACUUUGAAGCUUACACAAAAAUCUGUGACCCGGGCCUUACUGCUUUUGAACCUGAAGCUUUGGGUAAUUUAGUGGAAGGGAUGGACUUUCACCGAUUCUACUUUGAAAAUGCUUUGUCCAAAAGCAAUAAACCAAUCCACACUAUUAUCCUGAACCCCCAUGUACACCUGGUAGGUGAUGAUGCUGCCUGCAUAGCGUACAUUAGGCUCACACAGUACAUGGAUGGCAGCGGGAUGCCAAAGACAAUGCAGUCAGAAGAAACCCGUGUGUGGCACCGCCGGGAUGGAAAGUGGCAGAAUGUUCAUUUUCAUCGCUCUGGGUCGCCAACAGUACCCAUCAAGCCAUCCUGUAUUCCAAAUGGGAAAGAAAACUUCUCAGGAAGCACCUCUUUGUGGCAAAACAUCUAAGGCCUGAAAACCAUUCACAUAUGGGUCUUCUAAAUGUCAACAGUGCCACUUCUGCAUUCUCUUGUUCUCAAGGCACCUGGAUGGGAACCCUGGGCCGUCCUCUCCUCCUCUUCAUGCAUGUUUCUGAGUGCAUGAAGUUGUGAAGGUCCUACAUGUAAUGCAUAUGUGAUACAUCAUCCUGUCAUAUAUUCCUUCCCACACAUUGUUUACACUUCAACUAGGGGGAUGUUCCAUGCAAACUUAAAUUACUGUUGGCAAACAAUAGAGGGAGGUCAAAAAAAAUUCCACAAUGUUCCAAAUACAACCUAUUCAUCAAGUUUCUGUUUAUGCCAAGAUUUAACAGACUUCAAAAUUAUUGUUCGCUGAAUGACAGUUUGUAAGAGAAACAUAAAUUUUUAAAACUCUUUGCUGUUAAUCAGUUUUGGCUUGUUUGUUUAACAAAAAGCAAAAAAAAGAAAAAAAAACAAACAGGAAAAAAAAACUUUCAGUUUCCUAGUGUGAUCCUGGGAUCCUGGUUGAAAGCUUUGUUGCUCUUUAACAAUUAAAGUAGGUUGAUAUGUGAACAAAAUCACUCAAGAAUGUGGAAGCAAGAUAAAGUCAUGCUGUUUUUGCUCAAAUCGUAAACUGGAAAAAUUCACAUAAUUUACGUGUGAUCACUUUAGGAUAUACUCACAGUUGUGAAUUUGUUGUAUUUCCUGUUCCUUUCUCACCUAUGUGCUCUGUUUUCUCCAUUUGAUCUCACUUUUUGCUGUUUGCUUCCUUUUUCUCCAUCCUCUUCUGUCUUUUCUCACACACUACUAGACAGAAAGGAAAGUGAAAUUUGCAUAAUGGCGGUAACUAAACUAGCACUCCUAUCAUCUUUAGGACCCUGAAAACGUUGUCAAGAUUUUAAACGUUCUUAAUUCUGCUUAGAAUCCCUGUGUCCAAACUACAGCCUAUGUUGGUGGUAUUAGAAUUAUUUAAACUUAGGUAAAAGCAGGGAGUUCCUAGUUUACCUGAGAGGUGUCUUACUAAUUAGGGGACUUGCAAGGACAAAACCAAGUUGUAGUGGAUCAGGGUUUUGUGCAAAGGCACUUAGUUCUGCCUUGUGGACUGGGCCCCUCCUGCUUCACCACUGGCUAGUUUUCUAAAGUCAGAGAGGUCUGCAAGUGAUUUCCAUUCUCCUAAGUGUUUAGAACUUGAUCUUUGUGGCGUGUGCUUUCUUAGCUUCUCUCUUGUGUCAGUGACAUUAUCUUCCUGUGAGGAGUUAGGAUUUUCCAGUUUAAAAAGAAAAGGGAAAUGCCUGGAUUUUCUUUGUGCUUCUCAUUUCUCCUUUGUUUUCUCAACUCCUGUGAGGCAGUUUCUUUUCCCUGAAAUGCUUUCUAGUGCAUGGUAUCUUCAUCAGCAUUAUUUUAACAAUAGUAAUUCACAAUCUUCCGAAGCCUAUUUUUAAAGCAGAAGCAAAAAACUAAACAAAAAACAACCCUCCCUCUUUCUCUCAUUUCACCUUUCUGUGUUGAUUACUAAUCACUUUAGAUAUUGUUGCUAGUGGAUGUAUGGUAGAUGGAUUGAAGCUUUUCUGAUAAUUACACGAUUUAAAAAUAUAUAUUUAAAAUAAAUAUAUACAGUAAAUGUAUUGAGCCAUGUUAACCUGCCAAUGAGAUCUGUGAAAAGUAAUGGCCUCGUUUUUCCCUUUUUGAUUUCUUCUACCUUUUUGUGAAGCGGCUAUACGUGGCAUACAUGUAUUUUAAAAAUAAUAGGUAUAGUGGUUUUUUUUUACACUUCUAACUUAGCAUGUGGUGUUGAAGUAUUACCAUAGAUCAAGUUUGUCUUCCGCACUAAGAUGUGAGGAAAUUGUGAUUUGUUCUCUCCACCACAACUGAAUUACACAUUUAUUAUCUUCUAUCAUUUUGAAACACUGCAGUUUACCAUGGGACACUGUAUAUAUUUCUUGCCAUAAUGGUAAAUGACUGAUUGAUAUAUUUAAGAGUUAAUAAAUUUGUGAUUUCUGCUGA